CGGCGCUUGCCUGUCUGUCCGCGACUCACGCUCCUAUACAAAGAACGCCAGACUAUUGUAAAAAAUCUGUGAUGUAUUGAUUAAUUCCAACGUUUCCCAAACACAAAAUCCGCCGCCGGACCAAACUGUACGCGUUCCGAACUCAGCUGACAACGUUUUAAGUGAUUAUUCCCACCUUUUGAAUGGGCCACGUCCCAUGAAAUUCCACAUUUAUCGAUGAAUAGAAUCUAGUGUGUAGACCGAACAUGGUGGACUUUCGAUGCGAUGAGUGAAAUUGUUCGUGUUGUUGUGUGAAACGGCCGUUUUAUAAUGUGUCCCGUUGGAAGUAAAGUUUGUGACUAAAUAUGGAUUGGUAUGCGAACACGAAAGCAUAGAAAAAGUGUGGCUUGCGUCUUCGAUCGGAUAAUGAGAGUUUGUGAACGAUAAACAUACAGAAUGGUGUCCUUUGCUCACUUCAGAAUGCGACAAUCGCCUUGGACUUUGCUCGUCCUCAUUUUCUUCAUCGAAAGCGUGAUGGGGAACUACGCGAAACACUUCUACAUCCACUGGAACACCACCAACAGCAUAUUUAGAAUAGACAACACGGAUCACGUAUUCGAUCUGAAUAAAGGCAAUCCUCCGUUCGAAUACGACCAAGUGAAUAUUAUGUGUCCAGCGUACGACCCCGGAACGUAUGAGGAGGAGACGGAGAAAUACAUAAUUUAUAAUGUAAGCAAAGAGGAAUACGACACUUGUAGGAUAACGAACCCGAAUCCGCGUAUUAUAGCGAUAUGCGAUAAGCCGCACAAACUGAUGUUCUUCACGAUUACCUUCAGACCGUUCACGCCUCAGCCCGGCGGGCUGGAAUUCCUGCCCGGGAAGGAUUACUACUUUAUAUCCACGUCCAGUAAAGACGAUUUACAUAGACGCAUAGGGGGGCGCUGCUUGAGUAAUAACAUGAAACUAGUGUUUCGCGUGUGCUGUAAGCCUGAGGAUCAGUCGCCGGCGCCUGUUCCUCAGCCAACGCCCCCGCCGCCGCCGCCUCCGCCCACCACGCAGCCAACAACCACCACAACGACAACAGUGAAGCCUGUCACUAAAAAGACGCACAAGUACGAUAAGACGCCGAACGAGGUUGUGAAGAGUGAGGAGCUGUCGUACUCCCGCGGUGCGGCUUUGGCUUCGUCGCUCGCGCUGGCUCUGGCAGCGACCGCGGUUUUAGCACCGCUGGCUCGGUGAAUGUGCGCUAAAGCGGCGAGACCCCCGCGUCCCGACCUGCUGGCGAAGCCUUGUUCGGCACACACAACACAAACACACACACUGCAGUCCCUACAAUCUCUAAACUACCCAGACUCUAUAGUCUUCACGUGAAUUAGUGUGCUAAAACUAUGUUGUGGACGAAUUAAAACAAUUUACAAUAAAAUAAAUACUCUAGUACUUAAUGCUGCUCUUUGGAAUGUUUGUGGAAUUAUGUGCCCAGUGGAUUACGAUUUCGGAUGUUUUGUAAGUACGUAGUGUGGUGGUUCGGUUUUGGUUAUGUGGAUUGGUGCCGAAAAGGAUUACUGACUGGUUUUUUAGAGUUGUGCAAAAUUCCUAGUUAUUUCCAGAAAGUUCCAAUGACAAAUUUUUUAGUCUGUAAGGGAACUCUAUGUGAGCCUAAUUUUACUAUUGUAACUAAAGUAUAUCUGGCCUACUGAAUAAUCGAACUAUUAUUAUUAUACAAGAAGAUCGGAUAGCAGCAGC